AUGGCUAUUGUCUCCAACAACACUCCUUUAACUGAAGGUGAUGCACCACCUCCACCCAACGUCCAUGAUGUUGAGAAGCCUGUGCAAAAUUCUUCUGGCGAAACCAAAACAGACAAAUCAACUGAAACGGCUAUUUUUCACCUGAAGGCCGCCUGGACCACUGAGACAAUAGACGUAUCAUUGAAAGUAGGUGAUGCUGGCAUCGCUUUCAUGAUUGUCUUAUCCUUUCUGGUUCUGGUAUCUUUGACACAAGACAGUGCUGGCCACACUUUCAUGAUUGCCUCGUCCCUCUUGGCUCUGAAUCUACCACCUUACGAGCCCACGGCAUGA